CGGGCUGUGAACGCGCGCGGGGCGCUGCGGCUCUGCCUGGCUCGUGCAGGGCCAUUGCAGCCUCUCCCGGGGCUGGAGAAGAGGCUACAGAAUAACGUCCACGUUUCACUCCAAAUUAUCCCCUCCUCCCAGCAGGAAGGAAAUGGCUGCAAUGGAGCUGGCUCAGGGGCCGGUGACUUUUGACGAAGUGGUUGUGUAUUUCACCAGGGAAGAGGGGGCUCUGCUGGACCCCACUCAGAGAGCCCUCUACAAGGAUGUCAUGCAGGAGAACUAUGAGACGGUGGUCUUUCUGGGGUUUCCAGUUUCCAAACCUGAUGUGAUCUUGCAACUGGAACGAGGGGAAGAGCCAUGGGUCCCGGACCUCCAGGGCUCUGAGAAAGAAGUGUGCCCGAGAGCUGCCUUCACAGGUGAUGGGAUGGUGAGUGAGAAUGAGGAGCAGAAACCCCAGCAGGAAGAUGCUGAGCAAGUAGAACCACAUGGGACGUUAUCAGGAAGAUCCAAAGGGAAUGUUUCCGGGUGUUGUGCACUCCCAGAAAAAGCAAAAGCCUGUGAGACUCAGCAGAGGCAAGUGGAAAACUUUAGUAGCCACUCAGACCUUAUAACAUGCGAUAGAAUCAACUUGGAAGGGAGACGCUUCACAUGCCAUGAGUGCGGGAAAAGUUUCAGUAGGAGCUCUGCCCUUAUCAGACAUCAGAGAAUCCACACUGGAGAGAAGCCCUACACGUGCUCUGAGUGCGGGAAAAGCUUCGGUGAUCAUUCAGCCCUCAUCUUACAUCAGAGAAUGCACACAGGAGAGAAGCCCUACACUUGCUUUGAGUGCAGGAAAAGCUUCAUUGAUAGUUCAAGCCUCAUCUCACAUCAGCGAAUCCACACAGGAGAGACACCCUACACAUGCUCUGAGUGCGGGAAAAGCUUUAAUCACAGCUCUACCCUGAGCAAACAUAGGAGAAGCCACAUGGGUGAGAAACCUUAUGGAUGCUCUGAGUGUGGGAAAAGCUUCGGUCAGCACUCAACCCUUAUCACACAUCAGAGAAUCCACACAGGAGAGAAGCCGUACAUGUGUUCUGAGUGCGGGAAAAGCUUUGGUCAGCACUCAACCCUUAUCACACAUCAGAGAAUCCACACAGGAGAGAAGCCGUACAUGUGCUCUGAGUGCGGGAAAAGCUUCGGUCAGUACUCAAGCCUUACCACACAUCAGAGAAUCCACACAGGAGAGAAGCCGUACACGUGCUCUGAGUGCAGGCAAAGCUUUGGGCAGCACUCAACUCUUAUCAAGCAUCAGAGAAUCCACACAGGAGAGAAGCCCUACACGUGCUCUGAGUGUGGGAAAAGCUUUAGUCGGCACUCAGCCCUUACCACACAUCAGAGAACCCACACAGGAGAGAAGCCGUACUUGUGCUCUGAGUGCGGGAAAAGCUUCAUUGAUAGUUCAAGCCUCAUCUCACAUCAGCGAAUCCACACAGGAGAGACGCCCUACACAUGCUCUUAGUGCGGGAAAAACUUCAAUGAUCGCUCAAACCUUAUCACACAUGAGAGAAUCCACACAGGAGAGACACCCUACACAUGCUCUUAGUGCGAGUAAAGCUUCAAUCAGAGCUCAAACCUUAUCAUGCAUCAGAGAAUCCACACAGGAGAGAAGCCUUACACAUGCUCUGAGUGUGGGAAAAGCUUCAAUCGGAGCUCUGACCUGAUUAUACAUCGGAGAAUCCACACGAGUGAGAAACCUUAUGAUUGCUCUGAGUGUGGGAAAAGCUUCAAAAAGAGCUCACACCUGAUUAGACAUGAGAAAAUCCACAUGAGAGAAAUGUAACACAUGCCUUGAUUAGGGCUGGGCAAAGAUUUUUUUUUUUUUUUUAAUCACAUUUGCUAAUUCCCACAUAGUGAUUUUUGCACCAUCUUCACUGUGGUCUCUCAGGUCCACCAGAUGAGUUGCCUGCUUCUGCCUUUUGCAUCUCACCUUCUUUGGGGUCAGUCCUGUGAUCUUUUCUAUCACCUCCUUUCCUUUUGAGUCAUAGGAGUCUGUGUCCCUCCAGCCAGGAAUGUUCAUCAGCUCCAGGUGGGAGAGAGAGGUUUGAUUCCCAACAAGAUACACUGAGGCAAAAACUACCUGUGCUUUACAUCCACUAGGACUGUACAUGGCAUUGGCUGCUCAAGUUAGUGAUCUUGGUGUAAAAAAACCAUUAUAGUUGUAGUGCAGAUGCAGCCCACGUGCAGUGGUUGGCAUUAGCUUUCCCCUUGACCUGAUCUAAACUUCAUCACUUUUCCUUGUCUAAACUGUGAUUAAUGUGCAUAAGUGUUGUCAAGUAGCGUCAGGCUAAGCACCGUUAGGCCUCAACCUUCUGGAAGUUGUAAGAAGUGAAUACAGUUGAAUCCUGCAAGCAUAAGCAAAAUCUAGCUAGGAAGUUUUAUAGACUAAAAAGGAAACUCUGUAAAGAUAGAUACAGACUUGUGGUUACUAUGCUCUGCAACCAAAUACCUCUUUAAGCUAACUCAAGGAUUUUUGAUUCUAGCAAAUUGACCACAAUUAGCUGCAUAGAGAAGAGAUGAGCUAAGCACAGGUGCACAGUUCAUAAGUUCAAAACAACCUCAAAUACCACACUGAAACAUUUGGCUACCUUCAUUGGUUGACCUGUUUUAAAACACAGCCAGCAAAUACUGUAUAAAAAGGGUUAAAAGACGCAAGUGUGUGUGUGUGUUGAACUGAAAGAGAGAUCACUCUUUGUCAGGAUCACAUACACCCCCUGAAACAAAGGGACUUGCGCUUCACCGGCUAUCUGUGCCUGACCAGUGCAGGAAACGGUCAACUGAAGGUAAUGUAUCUUUGGAAGAACGCAAGGCAAGGUUUUGGAGCAGAAAGGUCUGGUUGUGCUCGAGCUAGUUAAUCUUAAGUCUGUAUUAAUAUAAUUAUAUUAGUAAGUUGUUUAAAAAUAGUACACCGCUACCUCGAUAUAAUGCCACCCGAUAUAACACGAAUUCGGAUAUAAUGCAGUAAAGCAGUGCUCCGGGGGGUGGGGGGGGGGCAGGGCUGUGCACUCCGGUGGAUCAAAGCAAGUUCAAUAUAACACGGUUUCACCUAUAACACGGUAAGAUUUUUUGGCUCCCGAGGACAGCGUUAUAUCGAGGUUGAAGUGUAUUAGUCAAUAGUUAAUCAAUAUAUAAUAACUGUAUAUGUCUGGUGCCUUGCUGAAAGUGGGUACAGUGCUGGUGAAGCUAGUAGUUUAUAAACCAUAAUAGCUUUACAACUCGCUGUGCCUGUCUUCAGUAUAAGUUACCAUCAAGUUUAUCAUAAAAGUCAAUAAAAGUUUAUAAAUUGUUAUAUAAGGUUAUAGGUAGGUUAAGGUUAGUAAAAUAUAGUUAAUCAAUGUAUUAGUAUUGCAUAUAGAAUUGUAUUUAAGGGUGGUUACAGUACAUGUGAAGUUGCUAGGCAAUCAGUAAUAGUAGCGUUGCAUGUGCUUGUAACUAUUUUCAAUAUUAUUUACCUUUUAUAUGUGCACUUAAAGGAAUAGGUAGUUAAUGCAUAUUACUUGUACUUGUCUCCAGUAUAACUUGCCAUUUGUAUUAAUCCUCACUCAGUGCUGGUCUUUAAUUCUGUUUUUCUUAUUCUGUCUGUGUUGCCUUUAUAGUCGUAAGUCAUUAAAAACCUUUCUUGAGGAAUAA